AUGGUACGCCGCGUACGAGUAUGUCGCUCUCCCAACGCCUCGCCUCCUGGCAAAAAGAAACGGGCAUCACCAAAGCCCAAAGCUGAAGCUGAAGCGAAAUUCCAGCGGGACGUACAACAAGCUCGUCAAUUACUACGCGGCCUCUCAGUCUCACCCGAAGCUGGUCCCUGUACUCACGACUAUGACGCUCAGUUGAAUCAAUUUAUGCCGUAUGGAGAUGAAGAGCCUUCCGAAGAUGAAGAGGAAGGUGGCGACGAUGACGAUGGUGUUGGAAGUGGCUGGGUUAACAUGAAGGAUUUUGAUGAGGAUGGGUCAAUCCGACGUUUUGUGGCCAAACAACGAGAAUAUCAUUAUGCUCAACAACGUGACAAGCUUCGGAUGCAGUGGGCCGAAAUCAAAAACCAGCUGACUGCUGCUUACCUCGAAUGUCAAGCUACGACAACGAACUGGACCACCCAAUUCUCAUACCUCGACGACGUCAGUAAGGAUUGUCAAUGCAAAGUAUUUCAUCAUCGCAAUAUGGAUCUAGUUGAUAUUCUCGUAUCGGGAUUUAUCAAAGGGUUGAUGAACUUCCUCAAUACUAGAUCUGCCAAGCCAUUGAAGGCACGAGGAGGCCGUGGUACACGUCGCAAUCUCACCCAACCUUUCUCGAACGCCAGCCACCUCUUCAGUCGAGUGAAAGUGUUGUCAAAUCAGCUACUUCAAGAAGGUCUCCAAAUGAAGCCAGCGGACGUUUGGGCUCUCAAAGAUGGAGCUGAAGACGUACAAACUAACCAAUUGGCCCUCAGGAUCCAUGUUCUGAAGCUCACAAGGCCGCCGACGACACCAGAGGCAAGUCCACAUGGGAUAAAUGCGACGAUACCGGGCUCUUCGCGGCGGCAUGUCGCCACGAUGUUCCCCUGGCGAUGGCGAACAUCUAUCAAAGUGGCGAGAACUUUGGCCUUGGUACUGUUGGCGGGUACUGGGGAUUGGCUUCAACGUCGAUUUCGAAAAUCAACAUCAACCGUCCAAGAAGCUCAACAGCAAUUGAUGACCCUGUGCACAGAGGCUAAUCCUUACCAGCCCGGCACAAACUACAACGCAGCGUACUUUAAGACGCAAUGGGAAGCAGAAAGAGCAGCUAACCGCACUACCGCCAAAGACAUCAAGGUGCGACAACAAAUCGAACUAGGUAAACUACUUUGCCUGGAAGCAAAGAUGUAUGAAACAUGGGCAAAUGAUACGGACAACGAAGAGCACACCUUUAAACGGCUGGACGACUUUCAAACAAUUGCCAAGGAUAUUGAGGCGCAGCGCAAGAAAGUCGGCCUUCCAGAAAGCUUAUCUAGGCUACCACGUACUUUAACUUACAACUUUGCGAAAUCAGCAACAGCGAUUGAUCUAUUUCUGAAAGUUUGGUAUGCGAAAACGGAGGUUAGAACACGAUUUCUGGCAUUACGGGCUGAGCAGAGGCCAUUAGAUCCCGAGAACAAGGUUGGAGGUGGCUCCAAGCUUGGGCAACACGAGAAAGAACGUAUAAUGACUGCGAUUUCGAAAAGAUCGAAAACAAUGAAAAAAGCCCUAGCAACUUAUAACAAAGUCGCCCAACAGUUUCAGGCCGAUUUUCCAGACCACCGAUCAUUUCUAACUAAUGCAGGUUCUUUCAAGCUCUUCAUUGCGCACGAAGAUAGUGCUAGUACGAGGGUUACUUCAUACCGACUUCAUCCGGCUUUCUACGUUACAAGUCAG